CCAGGCGCACCCUAAGGAGGCACCCAUCCUGGCCGUUGCGCCCCAUUCCUCCUACUUUGAUGCCCUGCCUGUUAUCGUCAUGGGGGCCCCCAGCGUCGUCGCAAAGGGGGAGGUCGCACAAGUGCCCUUCUUUGCAAGCAGAUACGCUGGUAUAUGGGCUGUGUUGGUCGAAUGAUGAUGAGGUGCUUUGGCUGCCAGUGGAUGAAAAUAAAAGGGCGCAUUGCUACUAAAAAGGAAGCACCAAUCCUUAUUGUUGGCCCUCAUAGCAGUUUCUUUGAUUGCAUCGCAGUUUUCUGGUCCAAUGUUCCAUGUCUGGUGAACCGCAUAGAGAACCUACAGCUCCCCCUGUUUGGCAAGUAUAUUGAUUAUACGCAACCUGUGUAUGUAUGGCGUGAAGACACUAAUUCUCGACAGAACACAAUACAGGAGAUUAAGCGUCGGGCAACAAGUGAUGAGGACUGGCCGCAGGUAAUGAUUUUCCCAGAGGGGACUUGCACCAAUCGCUCCUGCCUCAUUACCUUCAAACCAGGAGCAUUUUACCCAGGAGUGCCUGUACAGCCAGUCCUCAUCCGCUACCCCAAUCGCACUGAUUCUUUCACGUGGACUUGGGAUGGUCCAGGAGCCUUGAAGAUGCUUUGGGUCACCUUGUGUCAGUUCCAUAAUUUCUGUGAGCUUGAGUAUCUCCCAGUUUAUACCCCCAGUGAGGAGGAAAAGAGAGAUGCUAAACUUUUUGCUAACAAUGUUCGGCAGGUCAUGGCAGAUGCCCUAGGUGUGCCUGUUGCAGACUACACCUAUGAUGAUUGCCGACUAAUGCACAAGGCCAAACUCAAAAAUCUGCCUUACCAGACUGGAUUGAUUGAGUUCCAAAAGCUCCGCUAUCGCCUUGGUCUGAAUUUGAAGAAUGUUGAGGAAGAACUCCUGACUCAGUAUGCAGACAUUGCUGUCAGUGAUGGCAAAAUAACUCUCUCUGACUUUGCAAAAUAUUUAGGAAUACCAGAGCACGAACCAGCUCUUGUUGAACUUUUCCACCUUUAUGACAAGGAUAACUCUGGCACAAUAGACUUCCGUGAAUACCUCAUAGGAUACUGCCAGUACUCGCAGCCAGCCAACACGGAGGACACUCUCAAGUGGGCCUUCAAGCUCUUCGAUCGUCGAGGGAAGGGCCACAUCCUCCUGGAUGAUCUCAUAAAGGCUCUUCGGGCAUCGUUGGACAUGACGCCCGAGGAGACCACCAGGAUAUUUAAGCAAGCAGAUCAGGAUAGCAAAGGCUAUAUCACUUACGAGGACUUCGAGGCCCAUGCCAAGAGGAAACCUGAGUAUGCCAAGAUCUUCCUGACUUACCAGGAGAGCAUCAAGAACGGCACAAGACCUCGUUCAAUCCACCAGCCUCCUCCCGGCAAGAAGAAAGCCGACUAGAUCACAUAUCUCAUGUCUAGGGUUAACGUUAAGUUUGUUAUAUAGUGUCCACUUGUAAUGCUUCAUGUGGACGGAGAAGCAAGAUUCACUUUCACUCAUGUUGUUAUGUCCCCUUUUACCUUUUGUUAUUUCACUUCUUUUCCCCUUUUUUUUUUUUUAGUGUUAUUAUUAUUAUAUAAUAUAGUUUCCUUUCCCUUUCCUUGUCAUCCUUUGUGUCUUUUCUUGUUUUUAAGAAAGAAUCAGAAUAUAAUCCAGCACAUGAAAUUGAAUGAUCAUUUGUAUUUAUUAGUUGUAUGUAUAUAAGAAACUUUUUUUUUUUUUCCUAUCUGUCAAUCAAGGAGCAGAUUAUUGAAUAAGCAUUGAUUAUUAUUAUUUCAUGGUAUUUUCAGCCUUUUUAUAGUUUUAUGGUUAAGCCGAUUGGAAGUGACUACUUGAUAUUUUUUAAUAUACACUGCAACAAAGUAUAAAAACUAGUUUACUUUAAAUACUUUAUUACUUAUGAGAUAAAGAAACCCAAAUUUUGUUUGAUAGUGGCAGAAAACAAAAGAUUUUAUUUUCUUUUUCUUUUUUCUUUUCUAAUGCUAGGAAUGUUGUACAUAUUUGCAGAAACAUGCGGUGAACUGAUUACUCUAAGUUCUUUUCAUUUGUUUUCAUUUUUGUUUUAUUUUCUAUUUUUCUGUUUUGCUUUUUUGUUUUAGACAAUGCCUCGAUUUUCAAUUGUACAUAUGUUGGUAUUUCCCCUAUGCAGAGUUUUAUUAGCUAGUUUCCUCUACCUUGUUUUCUUUUCUUAUCUGAUGCAUGAGUGUGUGUGUGUGUGUGUGUUAUGUAAUUUUGUUUUGUGUAGAAUGAUAAAAAGGUACAGAACUAUGCUCUUCCUUGUUUUUAGCAGUGCAUGAUAAUUUGGCAUUGCCACCCCCUCCCCCCCCCACUCUCAUUCCUAAUAGGACAGUAGAUUGAGCACAGAUUUCUUCCUCUUUGGAUGAAUCAUGAAAGUAAAGAGUGUGAAUUUUGUAUCAAAUUGUCCCCCUUUAUUUUACAGAGAUAUUCAAUUAGCCAUUUAUGUUAAAAGUAGUUUAAUGCAUUCUCUACAUGUGAAUGACUUGUCUUCGUUUAAUCAGAAUCGGUCACCUUUACCGAAUACUUAAUUGUUUUCAUACAACUUUUUUACCUCUACAAGUAUUUCUUGUAAGUUAUUUGUUGUUAUCAUGAGCUCUGAUCUUUAGUUGAAUGAUUAUCAAUAAUUAUGUUUCCUUUGACAAGAUCCAUGUGAUGAUUUGGUAUUAUGAUGACACAUGCAAGCAUCAAGUUCACACUCCUUCUCGUGUAAACUUUCCCUUGACAUGUCUUCCACCAUAUUCAGUGAGUGAUAAUAAGAAUAUCAUUAGCAUCAUGUAAGUAAAGGACUAGCCGUUACUGUAGCAAUUAUAUGCAGUUGUAACUUGUGAUUUUAAAGGAGUAUUUAGAAAAGAAUAGAGUAAAAUAGUAUUCUGCUAUGUAAAAAGUGUUAUAGUGGGAAAACUCACUAGUGAGAUUAGACCAGAAGCACUGCAUGGGAAUGAAUACUUUACUUUCAGUACUUUCAGAAAAGCAGUAGCAUGCCAUUAACUGUAUCAGUUAUGGAUUAAUCAUAUUGCUAUAGUUGACCAUUUUUUCAAAGUAGAUCAGUAAGACGAGCUUGCCUAUCAUGUACGACCCUUAGUUUGGUGAUAGUACUAGUGAUUUUGAGCCAGCAAUGGAAAAAAAACUUUAAAACAUUCAUUGUUCAGGAAUAUGUGAUUAGUCAUAUUUCUACAAAAUGAGGUCUCAACUACAAUUUUUAUUCUCAUGGUUGUUCUCAGGAACCAAGUGAUGUGAAAUGGACUAUUGGUGUCUUUGAAUGUUUCAGGUUUACCAGCUCCAUUUCUUAUUCUUUUUUUUUUUCUCUCUUUUUUUCUGAACUUUUUCUUUCCAAUCAAAAAAAUUCAUUCAUUGGGAAGGGAGGGGAUAUAACAUAUACCCUGUGUAAAGGAAGGACUUGUAAAUACUUUUUUUAUACAAAUCAUUAUUGCUGAAGAGGGGGAAUAAUGUAAUGUUUAAAAUAUACAUAAUAGGAACUAGGUUAAGUCAGUACUGUGAAAGUUUCCCUCACAAAAGGUCGACUGUACGUUAAUGGAUGGAAUGUGCAUGCAUGUGUGAAUGUGAGCAGUUUUUGCUGGCGAAAACCAGGCAAAAACUCAAUCUAAGCUGCCAUGAUGAUUGCUCUUCCCUGUUAUAUAAAUAUUUUGUAAUUUCUUCCAGACACUUGUAAAUAGAGAGACUGUACUGAAAACUAACCUAUACUGUUUGUUAUCAAUGCCCAUCUUACAGAGAAUAUUUAGUUGAUUGCAUUUUUGAAUUUUUAAGAGGAUUUGAUUGAUUUUAUUUUGUGGUCUAGGAAACCUGGAGAGUUUUGUAAUGCUUGCCUUGGUAUUGUUUUAGAGGCAUAAGGUUGUAUUUCCAAAGUCCAUUGCUCAUGAGAAGGGAACUGGAGAAUGUCUUUGUUUUUAUUUUUGUUUAAUUAUUUUAUUUAAUUUUUUUUUUUCCGUGUACAUGUUUUAUUUAUUCAGAUUAUACUAUCUGUAAAACAGAAAGGACAAAGGAAUCUUCAAGUUUCUCAUAAGUUUUCACAAUAUAAGUAGAAGGUAUUCGGCAAAAUUUUCCUGUGGGAUAAAGAUUGAUUUUUAUAUAUAUAUAUAUAAACAAAAAGUGACAAGUUAUUAAUAAAUUCACAUGGAGAUACAACAGGUAAUAAUUCAGUUGUAUGUGCACAAUAAGCCAAGAUUACAGGACAAAUGUUAUGUAAUGAUAAUAGACAUGAUUAUAUAAGGUUAAGCUUAGAUAACCCAAAUGACUUAGCAGGAAAGAAUAUAUUUGCAAUUAUGGGAAGGACUUGUACCCACGGAAUAACUAAUGUAAUUUGGUAUUUACUAAUAUCUUGUGAUUUAAACUUAUUGUGUGAUUUGAAAUAAAACUGACAGUACACA